AUGAAUAUUGAUUUUCCCACAGGUAUUGCGAAAAUUUCAUGUGGAGAUCAAUCAGUAGAAAUUAAAAUUUUUGAGGUAUCAAAUGAUCUUAAGAAAUCCCAAGUAUAUGAUUGUCAUACCAUAGAUCUUCUAGAUGAUUUUGAUGAUCCAGAUGUUAUUGAUGACUGUGUGCUGGAAGAAUUAGAGGAAAUAGAGAAUAUAAAUUUAGAAGAAAAGAAAGAGGAAGAUCAUCUGAAUUUAGAGUUGAAACCUCUCCCCUCUAGUUUAAAAUAUAUGUUUUUGGAGGAAAAUAAUUCAUUUCCUGUUAUUAUUGCAGCUGAUUUGAGUAAUGAACAGGAAGAAGAAUUAUUAGAUGUACUUCGAAAAAAUAAGAAGGCUAUGGGCUGGAAAAUGGACGAUCUAAGGGGCAUUGAUAUGAGAGUAUGCAUGCAUAGUAUAUAUUUAGAGGAGGGGGCUAGAACUAGCAGGGAACCACAACGAAGAUUAAAUCCUAACAUGAUGGAAAUUGUAAAAAAAGAAAUUUUAAAGUGGCUGGCUGCUGAUAUUAUUUACCCUAUUUCAGAUAGCAAAUGGGUUAGUCCUACACAAGUAGUGCCAAAAAAAUCAGGGAUCACGGUUAUAAAAAACGAAAAUGGGGAGGAAAUACAAACAAGACUAACUACCGGUUGGAGAGUUUGCAUUGAUUAUAGAAAAUUAAAUUCAGUUACUAGAAAAGAUCAUUUUCCCCUACCAUUUACUGAUCAAAUUUUAGAAAAAUUAGCUGGAAAAAACUUUUUUUGUUUUCUGGAUGGAUACUCUGGUUAUAAUCAAAUUUAUAUAAACCCUUUAGAUCAAGAAAAAACAACUUUCACUUGUCCAUUUGGUACUUUUGCUUUUAAACGCAUGCCUUUUGGUCUGUGUAAUGCUCCAGCCACAUUUCAAAGAUGUAUGCUGUCUAUUUUUUCUGAUAUGAUUGGAAAAUGCAUGGAAAUUUUUAUGGACGAUUUUUCUGUUUUUGGUGAAUCAUUUGAUGAAUGCUUAAAUCAUUUACAGCAUGUACUUGAGAAAUGCAUAGAGAAAAAAUUAGUUUUGAGUUGGGAGAAAUCACAUUUUAUGGUUAAAGAGGGAGUUGUGUUGGGUCAUAUUGUGAGUGAAAAGGGUUUAGAGGUGGAUAGAGCAAAAAUCGAUAUUAUAUCUAAAAUGAAACCUCCGAAUUCAGUAAAACAGAUUAGAUCUUUCUUGGGUCAUGCAGGUUAUUACAGAAAAUUUAUUCAAGAUUUUUCGAAAAUUUCUAAACCUCUCACCAUGCUAUUAUCUAAAGAUGUGCCUUUUAAUUUUGAUGAGAAAUGUUUUGAGUCUUUUUCCGAAAUAAAAAGAUUACUUACUGAGGCACCCAUUUUACAAGCUCCUGAUUGGUCCCUUCCCUUUGAAAUAAUGUGUGACGCUUCGAAUUAUGCAGUGGGGGCCGUUCUAGGACAAACAAAAGAGUCAAAACCCAUAGUAAUUUCAUAUGCUAGUAAAACUAUAUCUGAUGCUCAAUUAAAUUAUACCACGACUGAAAAAGAAUUGUUAGCUGUAGUAUUUUCGUUAGAAAGGUUUAGAUCAUAUAUUUUGGGAGCUAAAAUUAUUAUUUAUACUGAUCAUGCAGCAUUAAAAUAUCUGUUAAAUAAGAAAGAUGCAAAGCCACGUUUAUUAAGAUGGAUUUUAUUGUUGCAAGAAUUUGACUUAGAAAUAAAAGAUAAAAAGGGUUUCGAGAAUGUUGUUGCUGACCAUCUUUCUAGAUUAAGUGAUACAGGAAUAAAUGCAGCACCUUUACAAGACGCAUUUCCAGAUGAACAAUUGAUGGCAGCUCAACAUCAACCAUCACCAUGGUAUGCACAUAUUGUUAAUUUUCUGGUUUCUGGAAAAACUCCAGAACAGUGGGAUAAGAACAGAAAAAAUCAUUUCUUUUCUAAGAUUAGAAAUUAUUUUUGGCAUGAUCCUGAUUUAUAUUACUUGGGCAAUGAUCAAAUUUUAAGGAGAUGUGUUCCUGAAGAAGAAUAUCAUAGCAUUAUUAACAUGUGUCAUUCAUCUAACUGUGGAGGACAUUUCUCUGGACGAAAAACAGCUGCAAAAAUUUUCCAGUGUGGUUUUUAUUGGCCUACAAUCAUUAGAGAUUCUAUAGAAUUUAGUAGAACAUGUAUUUCAUGCCAAUCUAUAAGUAACAUGAGUAAAAAAGAUGAAAUGCCCAUGAGUAAUAUGUUAGUAGUCGAAAUUUUUGAUGUAUGGGGAAUAGAUUUCAUGGGUCCCUUCCCAUCAGCUGAAAAAUAUGAAUAUAUUUUGCUUGCUGUUGAUUAUGUGUCGAAGUGGGUGGAAGCUAUUCCUACUAGAACUAAUGAUCAUAAAAUCGUGAUGAAAUUUGUGCAGGAAAAUAUUUUUUCGAGAUUUGGAUGUCCUAGAGUGAUUAUUAGUGAUGGAGGAACACAUUUUACAAAUAAAAAUUUCAGAGAACUGUUGAAAAAGAAUGGAGUACACCAUAGAGUAGCCACUCCAUAUCAUCCCCAAACAAAUGGGCAAGCUGAAGUAGCAAAUAGGGAAAUUCAGAGAAUUUUGAGAAAAAUAGUUAGACCAGAUAGGAAAGAUUGGCCCACGAAAUUACAAGAUGCAUUAUGGGCUUAUAGAACAGCUUAUAAAAAUCCCAUAGGUAUGUCCCCAUUUCGUCUCAUUUUUGGAAAGCCAUGUCAUCUUCCUGUGGAAAUAGAGCAUAAAGCAUUAUGGGCUAUAAAAAAUUUAUGUAUGGAUGAAAAAUCAGCUGGUGGGCAUAGAAUUUUUCAGUUACAUGAACUAGAGGAGUUGAGGAAUGAAGCUUAUGAAAAUCAUAGAAUAUAUAAAGAAAAAACUAAAACUUUUCAUGAUAAAUACAUUAGCAGAAAAAAAUUUGAUGUUGGACAAAAAGUGUGGUUAUAUGAUUCUAGGCUGAAAUUAUUCCCAGGAAAAUUAAAAUCAAAAUGGAAAGGGCCUUAUGUGGUGGAAGAGACAUAUGAUCAUGGGGCUGUAA